UCAAGAAAGAGGACACCCGAGGAGAGUACCACCACCACUACUAUCUCUACUACUAGGACGACUACACCGUCCGGUGCCUCGUUCUGCGUGCGGGAGCGAACCCUAUUCCUUGUUCUUGAAUCUCUUCCAAUUCUGUAGCAGAGAUCGAUCAGAUCGAGGAGAGGGAAAAAGCAGUGGGAAUUACCCUCCCAGGAGACCUCUAGAGAGAGAAAGAUUUAAGAGGGGGAGAGAGGGAGAAUAGAAUGUUCCCUUCCUCCAAGAAGCCCAGCAGCACCACGGUGAGCUCGUCACUUAAUGAUCGGGCUGCCGCCGCAGCGUGCGUGCAAGCCGGCGACUCCGGGCUCGUCCUCACCACCGACCCCAAGCCCCGCCUCCGUUGGACCGUCGAGCUCCAUGACCGCUUCGUCGACGCCGUCGCGCAGCUCGGAGGCCCCGACAAGGCUACUCCGAAGACUAUCAUGAGGGUUAUGGGAGUCAAGGGUCUCACGCUCUACCAUCUCAAGAGCCAUCUUCAGAAAUUCAGGCUAGGGAAGCAGCACAAGGAAUUUGGCGAUCAUCACUCCGUCAAGGAAGCCAUGGAGAUGCAACGAAAUGCAGCGUCCUCUUCGGGUAUGAUGGGAAGAAACAUGAACGAUCGCAGCACGCACAUGAACGAGGCACUAAGGAUGCAGAUGGAGGUCCAACGAAGGCUCCACGAGCAGCUAGAGGUGCAGAAGCACCUCCAAAUGAGGGUGGAGGCCCAGGGGAAGUACAUGCAGUCCAUCCUAGAGAAAGCCUACCAAACUCUGGCGUCUAGCGACUGCGCCACCUGGCCUGCAGCUGCCGGGUACCGAUCUCUGGGCGGCACCCAGGCGUCAGCGGUGCUCGACGUCGGCGGCUCCAUGAGCUUCCAGGAUCUGACCCUGUACGGUGGGACCUCGAGCCAUCUGGACCUGCAGCAUCACAUGGAGAUAAGGCCAACAAUGGCCAUGGAUAGCUUCUUGGCGUUCAAUGAGAGCUGCAUUGGGGCAGCAGACAGGAGCUGCUCCACUGGGAAGACCCCGAUGAUGUGGGGCGACGGCGAUGAGCAGGCGAAGAGUGGUGAUGACCUCCUUCAGAUGGCACCAUCCUCGUCGAUGAUGAUGGAUGCUGCCGGUGGCAGUGAUGGCGGAAUGGAUCCGAUCAUGUCAUUGUCUGGCGACUCCCUGGGUAGUAAGGGCUUUGAUGGCCCGAUCAGCUCCAAGCUUGAGAUGAGGGCGUCUCCACAACAAGUAGGAAGUGAGAGGAACUUGUCCUACGGGUAAACGGUAAUAAAUAUCUGAAAUAUAUUAUUGUGUUUUAUUCUUCAUUGAAAAUAUCAUUACGAGGUACUAGGUCUGUUCUAAAAUAUAAGAUGCUUUGAUAGACUAUUUAGCCUACCAAAACUUCUUACAUUUUGGUACAGAGGUAAUUAGUUAAGUUAAUGCCCUGUUGUCAUGGACCAAGCUUGACUGGCUCUUUUGCUAAGAUCAUAAAAUAAGCAUGGUAUGAGUUGGGUGUAUUAGUGGUAUAUGGUUAAUUGGUUAUGUUAUAUAUUGAUCAGACCUAUAAGUAGUUGAGAGAGGGGGGUCUGGGACAUGAUAAGCUUGGUGAUGCCGUAUUUCUUUUUUUAGAGUAUGUAAUUGUGUGUUUAGAUGACAAUGGUUGAAGUUUUGUAAAUUUUAUUUUCGAUGUAAGAGCAUGCCUCGGGUGCGAAACAUGCUUCUAUUCUAAUUCUUUUUCGGUGUAUGUAUUAACAAUAAUAGAGAAAAUAAAUUCUCUGAUAUUUAUUGGAGUUACAAUGUUUUGUUA